AAUAAUUAAUUACAUUAAAAUAAGGACUUAUUAUUUUUCGGAUUAUAUUUUCUAGAACAUUUUGUAUAUUUACUAUAGUUACUCACUCCACAGCGAGCACAGUUGGCAAUGUCCCAGAGCUUGCUACGAGAAUGGAUGGAAGGGUUUUUAUCCUCCUUUUCAAUGGUUUUGCUGAGCGAGAUAGGGGAUAAAACAUUUUUUAUCGCCUGUUUGAUGUCCAUGAGACAUUCAAAACUAUCCGUAUACAUAGGCGCAGUUUCUGCCUUAGCUGCCAUGACAAUCUUCUCUACAUUGAUGGGUAUUAUGGUGCCUAACGUUGUCUCAGUUCGUGUUACUCAAGUAUUAGCAGCAUUUCUCUUCUUCACAUUUGGUAUCAAGAUACUUUACGGAGAGUUGAUGUCUAAAAAAAAUUCUGGUGAAGAGAAUGAGGAUGAGCUGGCUGAAGCCGCUGCAGCGCUUCGGAGGCGGGAUCCACUUGACGCUGUAGAGACAGGAAGCGCGGGGACCUCCGUGUACACCAGUCCGUCCGCCAAGCGCUGGCGUAAGUUUCUCAAUCCUGUGAUGGUUGAGGCUUUUACACUGAUUUUUCUCGCGGAAUGGGGUGAUCGUAGUCAAAUAGCAACCAUUGCAUUGGCUGCUUCGAAGAAUGCGUAUGCAGUUACGGUUGGUGGUAUUUUGGGUCAUGCCAUCUGUACCUGUGGGGCUGUGUUAUGUGGGAAGAUCAUUGCGCAGAGAGUAUCAAUAAAAUCGGUGAAUAUAUUAGGUGGGAUCUUGUUUAUUUUCUUCGGUUUAGGGACCCUAUACGAAGUGUUAACUAGAUCUCAUGAAAUUGAAAAGACACAUCAGGUAAAUCCCAUUCCAAAAUAG